AUGUUUAAGCUGCAAACGGUCCUCAACUUGGCGCUCCUUGUUUGCGGUGCCGCUGCACUGUCCGUAUCCUCGAAUGAGAGGAUGGCAAGGAUGCUGCCCAGUGACGGUCAAGUAGCUUUCAACCCUAAGCUAAACCAACAAGUAUUCGGCACAGGAUGCCUUGUUUUUGCUGAUGCCACCCUUACGUUGAACGGUAUCACCCGCAAUCUCACAAGGGUAUCUGAACAAGGCAAUACUGCCAUCACGUACUCAGUAAAUGAAGGGUGGCCACCGCCAGGUUCAACUACGAAUGCUAUAGCUUAUGCUAAGUCCGGAAGAACAUCCGGGCAAACGUUCACAGAUGAGAUCAAGUGGCUAGGAAGGAUCAACCAACUCUAUGCCCAGGGUAGAUUCAACAACCUUAACUGGAUCGUCUUCCAAGGGGUCGCAAAUAAGAUGCACAUCGCCUCCACCGCCUACUUUGCCAAUGUCUUGCUCCCUUUGCUCCGCGUCGGAAAUGUGGAAGCUUGUAAGACCCAGUUUAGAAACAACAAGAUCCCGCUCAUUGUCGCCCAAGCGAAAUAUUACGUCGAUAAUUUCCAAGUCCUGCAUUCUGACCUUCACCCCGGGAAUGUCCUCUGGGACGAUCAAGCUACAUCCCCCACUCUGAUCGACUGGGGAACUGCGAAGGAUACCCCGUCCUGGACCACAGCUGUGGCAACUCAGGUCACCAAUCAAGUCGAAUUUUCUCAUCUGACGGGCUCUGAGGCCAUCUGCGUGGACCUCUCUGAGCCAGCUCCUUGA